AUGCUCCUCCGACUGCCGCCUACCCUCCACUACCCCAUCACCGUCACUUCGUUGCUGAAGCGGCCGGGCGACACCGUCAGUAGGGACGAAGCGAUCUUCUGGUAUGUCUACGAGACCACUGUCACCGAGGGCGAUGGCCUCGGCAACAAGGUCCAAGUUAGGCGGAAUUUCCCGACCAAGUUCGAGUCGACGGUGGAUGGGGAGGUUGUGCAGUGGAAGAUAUCCAAGGGCGAUGUCAUUACGGAACCAAUAAAUUUCCUCGAGAUCGAUGAGCCAUGCGCUCACGAGAUUCAGUUCGGAGGAAUGUGUGCGGAGUGUGGGAAGGACAUGACUGAGGCGUCCUAUAAUACGGAUGUUAUGGACUCGAUGCGCGCUCCCAUCCGGAUGGUUCACGACAACACAGCUCUUACAGUCAGUCAGAAUGAGGCUACGCGGGUGGAGGAAGAUGCGAAGCGCCGUCUGCUGGCCUCGAAGAGACUGUCGCUUGUAGUGGAUCUGGAUCAGACUAUUAUCCACGCCACCGUUGAUCCCACCGUUGGAGAGUGGAUGGAGGAUAAAUCGAACCCGAACCAUGAGGCUGUCAAGGAUGUCCGUGCAUUCCAGCUGAUCGAUGACGGCCCGGGGAUGCGUGGCUGCUGGUACUACAUCAAGCUUCGACCAGGUCUGGAGGAGUUUCUUCAAAACAUCGCCGAACUCUACGAAUUACACAUCUACACAAUGGGCACCAGGGCCUACGCACAGAAUAUUGCGAACAUCAUCGAUCCUGAUCGCAGGAUCUUUGGCGACAGGAUCCUCAGUCGUGAUGAAAGUGGAAGUUUGACGGCCAAGAAUUUGCAGCGACUCUUCCCCGUGGACACGAAAAUGGUGGUGAUUAUUGACGACCGUGGAGAUGUUUGGAAGUGGAACCCGAAUCUGAUCAAGGUCCUGCCGUAUGAUUUCUUUGUGGGUAUUGGUGAUAUCAACUCGAGUUUCUUGCCAAAAAAGCAGGAGCUUGCGCCUACAGACAGAGCUGCCGCAAAGGCGGCCAAGGAGCAACUCGAAAUCUCGAUCCGAGAGCGACCGAUACCUCCGGUCAACGGCACCAAAAAGGACGAACCGGGGCAAGAAGUCUCAGCACUGGAACAGCUUGUUACCAUGGGUGGUGGCGAUAAUCCGGCUCUACUGCAGGAGCAGACUACGGAACAAGAAGAAACCAUUAUGCAUCAGGUUGAGGAUCGGCCCCUGCUACAGAAGCAGAAGGAGCUUGAUGCUGAAGAUGACGCCGCAGAGGCGCAGACUUCGGCCGACAGCGAGUCCUCAGAGAGUAUGGAUGAGACACCAGAUAUAACGAAGCCUCGCAAUCACCUACUAGAGGACAAUGAUACGGAGCUCUAUCAUCUACAGGACCGACUCGAGACCGUCCAUAGGAAGUUCUUCGAAGAAUACGAUCGAAGACGUGCGCAAUCCUUGGGAGGAAGAGUGGCGGCUCUGAGGGGCGAGAAAGUUCCUAAGGAUAAAGAUGUUGAUUUGAAGUUGGUUCCGGAUAUCAAAGUCGUGUUGCCAAAUAUCAAGCGCAAAGUUCUUGAAGGUGUUGUUUUAGUGUUUUCAGGAGUGUUGCCUCUGGGAACUGAUACCCAGAACGCCGAUAUUUCACUGUGGACUAAAAGUUUUGGCGCUGUCAUCUCAACCCGUAUCGGAUCAAAGACAACGCAUCUCGUGGCGGGUCGCAAUAGGACCGCUAAAGUCCGUGAGGCUACGAGGUAUCCGAAGAUCAAGAUCGUCACGACACAGUGGCUCUUGGAUUCACUCACGCAGUGGAAACGGCUGGAUGAGGAUCCGUAUCUCCUUCCUGUUCAUCCCGAGGACAGGGAACCCGUUCUGUCUGGAAGUUCUCCUGGAUCGAAGGAGGCAGAGAGCUCCUGGCUCUCUUCUUCCGAGGAGGAUACAGGGGUUUCUCGAACAGAUGAAGAAGAAGGAGAUGAGGAAAUACUUAGUUCAGCCGGGAUGACUGAAUUCUCGCCUGUUGGAUAUGAUGAGAAUGAGCAGGCGGCAGUGCAUGACGAACUCAAAGAGUUCUUGGGCAGCGAUGACGAAAGUGAAAGCGACAGCGAGGCAUCCUUCCUUGCAACGGAACCGACAACGCCUGGGAAGAAGAGGAAGCGGGAGGAUUUAGGGGAAAGUGAGGGUGAAGAACAAGAAGGAGAGGAAGGUGACGAGGAUGAAGCGCACGGCUCGCGACUAUCACAGAAAAUUAAGCGUUCCCACGAGCGUACUACCGGCCUCAAGACAGUUGCCAAUGCCGACACCACGGAUUCCUCUGAGACGCCCGCUGCGGCCGACGAGGACGGCGAAGGCGAUGGUGGGACUGAAGACCAAGAUGCCGGUGGUGAAGGUAACGAAGCGGGCUACUCCAUCGAAGUCAACCCCGAGGAAGAAGAUGAUGAACUUGAACGAGAAAUGCUAGCCGCGUUUGAAGACGGAGACUAUGAUGAGAAGGCGGAGGAAGACGUUGCGGCCGAGAAUGGCUAG